AUCAGAUGACUUGUUACAUCAUUGGACAACUGUAUAAGCACACGGCCAUAAUAUCAGCCCCCCAACACCCCACAGCCUUCAACCCCACUCAAUCCUGUGUUGUCUCCCACCGCCCCCAAAUGUGCCCUCUAAUCUCAACAAUCCCACGAACCCAAAACCCUGCUUAAACUCAAUAAAUUCCCCCGAACGAAAAUUUUUCUUGCCCUCGUUUUCCAUUAAAAACAAAAUCAAGAAAAUGCCCACAAAGUAAUGGUUCUGAAUUCUCUGAAUCUUGGGUUCUUGCAGUGUUUGUGUACUAAAAAUUCCUCAGAAACUCUCUUUUACUUUUCAGCCCCGGCUUUUCCUGAACUCUUGCUUCCAUGUUUGGGCAAACCCUAGAUCUGUCCCCCUCUUAGGUAACAAGCCCGCGCACCGUCUUUGCCGUAAUCUAGAGCAGUGCAGGUACAUUUGUGGAAGCUGAAAGGAGGUAUAUUGAUUGAAGAGUUUUUGGUGCGGGUUGAAAUAGGGGAAGAGAGGGAAUUAAUUUGAGUGAAAGAUGAGUGGGACUGGAUCAACGUCAGUAGCGGUGGGGAUGGGGGGAGCAGGAGGGGAACUGGGGUAUGUGAGGUACAGACCACCAUUUACAGCAGUUCAGUGGCAGGAACUGGAGCAUCAAGCCAUGAUAUAUAAGUACCUUGUGGCUGGCUUGCCAGUCCCACCUGAUCUUGUCAUCCCUAUUCGCCACAGCUUGGAGGCACUAUCUGCGCGGUUCUUCCCCCACCCAUCUUCGGGAUGUUGUUCCUAUUUUGGGAAGAAAUUUGACCCUGAGCCUGGGAGAUGUCGGAGGACAGAUGGAAAGAAAUGGAGGUGCUCCAAAGAUGCGCAUCCAGACUCCAAAUAUUGUGAGCGGCACAUGCACCGAGGCCGCAACCGUUCAAGAAAGCCUGUGGAAAAUCAAUCUACUUCACAAUCCUUGUCAACUGCAAUGACAGACAUCACUAGUGGGAGCAGUGGUAACGGUGGAAGCUACCAAACCGGUGGCAGUGUAAGCUUCCAAAACAUGCCCUUGUAUUCUGCUAGUUCAGAAGGUUUGUCUUUUGGGAGUAAUGUGACUAAGCUGCAGAUGGAGCCUGUAUCCCAUGGGAUCAAUAACAAAGAGUACAGGUACAUUCAUGGACUAGCUCCUGAUGCUGAUCGGAACACUCUCUCCCCAGAAGCUCCUGGAAGCAUGGGAGGCCUCAAAUUGGGCUCUGGUGUUGGUAGUGGCUCAUGGUAUCUAACAACUUCUCAACUUCCGUCAAGCCCUUCUCUUAAACAGAAAUCUGAUUCUCAGUUUCUGGGCCACUCGUCCCCCCAACUACAUAUGCCGCAUGCCUUUGUGCCUAUUGACACCAUGAUGUCAAAACAACAUCAGCAACAUUGUUUAUUUGGCAGUGAUAUUGGUUCACCUGGACCAGCAAAGCAGGAGCAACAUUCUGUGCAUCCCUUCUUCAGUGAGUGGCCUACAGCUAAGGAAUCAUGGUCCAAUUUGGAUGACAAUGAACCCAAUAAAAACACAUUCUCUACUACCCAGUUGUCCAUCUCAAUUCCAAGGGCAUCUUCAGAAUUUUCUUCAGGGAGUGGUUGUUCCCCAAAUGAUGCUUGAAGGUGGAUAAUUAUAAUAGUUAUUCCGAUCAGUCUGCUGGUGAAUCAAGAGCUUAUGUACUUGCAUGUUGUUUUUCUGGGACAUUGGACAAAUCUUCUUGUGGUGUAAAACUCGUGGAUCCUCUGAGUUCAGCACAGGGAAUAAAUGUAUUUUACUGGCAACUUAUCGCCUAGGAGCUUAUAUUAUCUGCUUCGCGGCAAGUUGUGGGAUAUCUCUUGCAAAAAGAUCGUGUUUUUGUAAAUUAUCCCAUCAAUUCGGGCGCAUGUUUUAAUUAAUUUCAUUAGAUGGUUUAUGCUGAUGUCUUGUUCGUAGUUCAAACAUCAAACGCUGUGUAGCCUGUAGUGUUGUUCUAUAUCUGCUCUUUAGAGACAAUUGUGUUUGAUUCCAACAAGAAACAUUGUUUUGGAAUGUGUUUUAUUAACUUAUCCUUUGGGAUUGA